AUGGUGGUUGAGGUAGAGAGCUUCUUCGGUGUGUACAUGCUUUACUGCAUCAAUCCUAAAUUCAAAGGCCGCAUCUACAUCGGCUUCACGGUGAACCCGGAGCGGCGGAUCGGACAACACAACGCUGGCCGGCACAGAGGGGGAGCCAAGAGGACCAGUGGAAGAGGACCGUGGGAGAUGGUCCUCAUUAUACACGGCUUUCCCUCUGACAUUGCUGCCCUGAGGUUUGAGUGGGCGUGGCAACACCCUCACUCCUCCAGGCGACUCUCCCACGUCUCUCGGCGCUCCAGGAAAGAGUCGAGCCUGCAGUUCCACUGGCGCGUCCUCUCCAACAUGCUGCGGGCGGCGCCGUGGAACAGACUGCCGCUGACGGCGCGCUGGCUCAAACAGGAGUACAGGAUGGACUUUGAGCCCGGUCUGCAGCCCCCCCUGCACAUCCCCAUCGCGUUUGGCAGUGUGAGAGCCAAGAAGACGAGGCUGCUGCAGACUGCAGGAGAGGAGGAGGAGGAGCAGGAGCAGGCGGAGGCAGAGGCGGCAUCCAGGUGUUUUCUCUGUAGAGGCUCAGUCAAGGUAUCAGAAAAGCUGAGCUGUUUCCACCCGUCCUGUGGAAUGAGCAGUCAUGUGAUCUGCCUCGCCAAACGCUUCCUGAAGUCAGAGCCGACCCACCUCCUGCCUGUGGAGGGAGAAUGUCCGGCCUGUCGUCGCUCGGUGCUGUGGGGAAGUCUCAUCCGUCAUAAACACGGCUGCUUCGGAGACCUAGAGGAGAUCACACCAUCUGCAUCCCAAAACCACUGGGCAGACGAGCUGCAGCUAUGAAGUCUGAGUCUGCAAGAAUCAACUUUAAUGAUCUGUGGUGCUGUCAAGAGAAUGAUGUAGAUUAUGUGUAAUGAAAUAUGGUCCAACAUCUCACAGGAUACAACCUCUGACCUCUGGCUGUGUUUGAUUUUUAUAAAUCUGAUCAUGAAGCAUUUUUUUUAAAACUAUGUCUGUGUAAGUAUGUGUUUAAUGUAUUAAAUAUUUGUGGGGAAAAACACUUUUGAAUGAAUUGAGUGAAAAAUAAAACAAGAUUAUUUGGUU